AUGUUGAGCUUGUCAAGUGCCAAGCAUGACAGCCACUUGCACAAGACCAAGCACAGUGAACCGAUUCACGACAGCACAGGCGUCAAGGAGAUGGGGAAUGUGGGCAGGCAACUUCACGCCAUCAAUACAUCGCUGCAUUUAGUGAAGCGGAAAACUGUCACUGACACCGAUAUCUCCAGCAAGCAAAGUAUAAAAAGCCUUCCGCAUCACGACGAGAGUGGCCUUUCAAGGACCCAUCAAGAGCAGCACCACCCGCAAAUGCAGGAAAUGACGCAAGGGGGAAUGCUGCAUCUUCUUUUUGCAUGUGCCGUACUCAUACUUGCCACGUUGCUCGGUGUCAUUGCUUACAUGCUGCUCUUCUCGAAGCUCACGACAUCGACCGAAUCCUGCGAAACUAAACCCUGCUCAGAUCUCGCCGCAAGGCUUCUGGACUCGAUGGAUACAAGCUUGGAUCCGUGCAACGACUUUUACUCGUUCGUAUGCGCGCAUGCCCACGUGAGAUCCGUUCGCGACGAUAUGAACGCAAUUGCGACCCAGGGCCAGUUCGCGGAACUCUCCAGGGACCUCUGGCGUGUUCAUAAACCGAGUCGUCUGUACCAUAGAUGUCUAGAACCUGAACCAAGUGAGAGAGCUGCCAAUAUUCUCGCACUAAAGGCCAUACUAAGAAACUUAUCUCUUCACUGGCCCGAAGAUCAGCAACAUCCAAGCGACAGGCACCCGAUGGACGUGAUGCUUGAGAUGGCUAUCAAGUGGGACAUAAACUUCUUGUUCAGUUUAGAAGUCGCCGACAGCCAAGCAACUGGCAAGGUUUUGGUAUUCCGUAAACCUCGCAUUGUCGCCGCCUGGGUGGAUCGGCUUGAGUAUACCGCAGGUUCAAUCGAAUACGCGCGGCAUGUACAGACCCACCUGACGGUCUUGAACGCGUCGAGCAGCGUGAAGUACUCUACGCUGAUGAAGUUGGAAAGAUCAUUCACCCAGGUCCUAUUAGGCGCGUCUAACCAGCAGUCAUGGAUCACACUGAGCAAGUUCGACAGCAUAGCAGCCUCGCUAGGAAAGAACGCUUUGCUAAAGUACAUCCGCACUAAUUACGAGAAUGAGCUUGAACACUCGUGGUCUUCCGAGGACUGGGCUGUACUGGAAGACUCCAACCUUCCGACAAGUAUUGGCAGUCUCUUCGAGAAGCACACUCACGAGCACCUACUGAUCGGCAUUGCGUGGCUAUUCAUUCAGUCUCACUUGUGGGCACUCAUCGGCAAACCGGCACUCAUGUUCAGAGAAGACAUCGAGGAAAAAAAGAAGCGCGCUUGCCUGGAGUACGUCGACUCGCGAUUGGGCCUUCUGUCCUCCGCCGAAUAUGAGACGCAACUAUUUCCGUCCCAUGACACUCGGCACGAUGUCUCGAAUUUCUUGCUGAGCGUCACCAAUGAGUUCAAAUCGCUGGCCAAGAACGCCAGCUGGAUGGACCGUGAGAGCCGGGAGACGGUGCAGCUCAAGAUUGACAGCGUCACUCUGAACGUCAUGCCUGCCGAGGAGUUUUUCCAGUCGCAGCAGCGGGAAUCGAUGUACGAGAUAUUUCCACCCAUGAACGGGUCAGUGUUCUUCGACGACUGGCUGCGGGCUUCGCGCGUCUUCCAGAGCUUACAGGGCCACGAUCACUUCCGUGACGUCUACAGCAAGAGGCGGACAUCGCUUGGACCAGAGCCGUUCUCGUACAAUUACUUACUAAACCUGGUCGAUGCCGCUAUGGUGGCGCUCGAACCACCGAUAUAUUACGUCGGAGCGCCGUUCGCCAUCAAUUACGCUGGUUUGGGGUCGCUGUUUGCUCGAGAGGUGGCCAGAAGCUUCGACUCGCGAGGUACGACCGUGGACAACCGUGGAGAGAACGUGCACUGGUGGGGCAGUGCGCAGUCGAUAGACUACAACCAUCGCGUCUCGUGCGAUCUGGGCCAAAACGCGACGAUCGCCUUCAUGCCCGCCAUACCGGCGCUGGAGGCCUCCUACUCGGCUUACCAGACUGCCAUCUACCACGCGGCGGCGCGGAUUGGUGCCAGGAAAGAUAUAAAGAUUCGUCGCCUGGAGUCGUACAGCGAGGAUCAGAUAUUCUUCAUGACUUACUGUUACUCGCUCUGCGAUAGGAAACGCGCCGCGACAAGGCGGGAAGAGUGCAACGUUCCACUCAGCCACUUCUCCGAAUUCGCGAAGGCGUUUCGCUGUAUCCGUGGUGCGCCCAUGAACGCUUUGAAAAAGUGCAAGUUCUUUUGA